AUGGCCGAAUCAAGUGAAGUUGGACAAGCGGUGCAGGAUGCUGUAAAGGGUGCCCUGAGUGGUAGUUUAAAAUGGAAAAUAUCGCCAUUUGGUGGUGACAUUUCUUUCAUCAUUACCACUGACAAUAUAGAUGUGGCAGAAAGAUUAUUGAAAAUUGGUGGGAUGAUAUUCCUAGGCGUUGGAGCGCUCACACUUGGUUCUUUCUUUUGCUACAAUGCUUACAAACACCUAAUUACUGACGCCACUAAAAAAGCUGUUGGUGGAGACACAGAUGACCAAGAAUUUGGAGGGACCAAACCAGGAUCACUACAUGUUCUACUGCAUUGUCUUACGGAUAAGAGGUUUCUUGAAGUUUUAGCAGAUUAUGAAUCUGGUAGAAUAACAGAACGUAUGGAGAUAGAAUUUUCGCAGAUUGGAAUUAAAACAGAAGGAUUGAAGGUUGAGAUUGAAAAUAUGGAGGAAGUAAAUGAAAUAAAGGCGGCUAUAAACAAGAGGUAUUUAAUUAAUUAA